AUGCCAGAUUGGAAGGCGGGCGAGUUUGAAGGUAAAUUCAAGGAUGAAUUUGCUCGGGGUAAUAGCAACUUGCAAGAAGAUGGAGCAGGGCCUUUGAAUAUCUCAAAUAAGAAACUGAAGCAUGGGAUUACCACUGAAGAGAACCCGCAGGGUGUCGUGUCUACAGCAACUAAUUCAGAUUCACGGAAACUUAAUUCAGACCACAUCUACUCUACCUGUGUGGUAGCUUCCGACCAUGUAAGAGACUGCAAAAUUGAAUCAAGUGCUUUUCCCUUGAGCAGAGAUGAUACUACAUCUGGAACAAGAUACCAAACAGAAAACUGGAACAAUUGCCAGUUUGCACUGAGUAAUGGCUCAGCUGUUCUCAACAAUCACAGUGUUCCGCAAAGUGAUCUCAAUUAUGGAGAUAAUGAUCUAAACUUCAUUGAUUGGCCUAGCAUUGAUAAUUUUGAGGAUGUUGAUACACUAUUCAGGGGGUGUGAUUCCACAUAUGGUGAACAACAACUGGAGAACACUGAUGAGCUGUCAUGGAUUCCUUCUUCAGAUGCCAUUUACUCUUCCGAUGUUGCUCUGCAGGCAGGUUUUGACUCUUCUUAUUCAGACUAUGGUAUGCUGGAUGACCUGUCAGCAUUCCCUUGUGCACAAGAUAAAUCCCUACCAACAGCAGACGAGCAAUUCAAUGACAAUUAUCCAUUCAAUGAGCAAAAGAAUGUUGAUGUAUAUGGAGAACAGGCUUACCAGGGGGGUGCAAUGGAAUUGUUGUCCACUGACCAGAUAUGCAAUGGAGAUGGAAACCUUGAUAUGAUUGGCGAGCGAUAUUCAUCAGAAAAUGCCUUGCAACAGUUGGAGGACAGGAAGUUUUCUGUACCUUCAGGAUCUCAAUUAAGCUCCUCCCAGAAUUUACUGAAGCAAAAGCACCACUCAGAUAAAACUUCACCAAGUAACAUUACUUCUGAUUGCUAUUCAGAUAGAAACUGCCAGUUCAGUCCAUCUGGAUCUUUUGCACAGAGGAACUUGAUGGUUCAAAAACAAGUGGCUAAUUUGCAACCAGGACAGCUCAUAAAUGAUGAAGGACAACUUGGUCAACAAACAUUGUCUAGAAGAGCUUCAUAUCCUUGUGAGAACUACGAGGUUGAAAAGAAGGGCUUUGGAAAAAGAAGUAAGGAUACACUGGGUACAUCAGUAGUGGUGGAUGGCUCUUUUGUGUCGUCUCUUUCUUCUGAUAAUUCAGUUGAAGAAAGCAGCUUCCGACAACUUCAGGAUGCAGUUAGUCAGUUGGAUGUGAAAACCAAACUGUGCAUUAGAGAUGGUUUGUACCGCCUGGCAAGAAGCGCGCAAAAUCGACCAGUUUUCCCAAAUGCGAUCAAUAGACAUGAAGAAAGCCGGGAUGCAAAGGAUACACAAAAUAUGGAAACUUCGGGCAAGUUUGUUGAUCAUAGGAGCAUUGAGACGCAGACAAAUCCAAUUGAUCGUUCUAUAGCACUCUUACUUUUUCAUCAGCCAUCAGACCAAGUGGCUGGAGCUGUUGACAAUCCUCGCCACUAA